CCCAAGGAGAAGCAAUUAGGGAUCGAUCACCAAGGCCGUCCCACGAUCGAUCCUGGACGUCCAUCCUCGCCCGAGCCACAGCUAUUCCUACACGCUUCUACCCCAAUCGCCUCGCACCCAGGGGACGAUCUCUCUCUCGCACCGCUCCGCCUCUUGGGCCUCUCGGGAGAGAAGAGGCGAUUCCGCUCCCACGCCACGUCCUAAGUAAUUUUUCUUGGUGCGCGGUGCGUCAAGAAACAUAAGAGCAUGUGCAGAUGACUCGCGCGGGCUGUAAAUUGGGAUUCUUUUGGUAAAAGCUACUGUGAAUUGACUACUGGUGUAUGACAUCUAUUCUGGAACAAAAUGAAGAGAACAGAAAGGAGCAAAGAGGCUCAUAGGAGGAACUCUAAUGAAGGCAGUGCAGCACGUACAAGACCUCUCAGCUUUGAGGAGAUUAUGUUGAGACGAAAAAAGAAACUUGCAGCAGGCGCAGAAGGAGCCAGUGGAUUGAGGGAGCCGUAUGUGAAACAUGAUGCCAAAGGUGCCUCAGAUCGUGCAGAACCUGAUGAGGCCUACAAGAGCCCAAGGGUUCUGAAAGACACAGUGAGAGGGAGCUCUAGAAGGACGGAAGACGUAGUCAUAAAAAGGGAGGGAGAUCAGUUCAAAGGGAGCUCCAGGAAGAUGGAAGAAGUGGUUUCUAAAAGGGACGGGUACCGAGCAGAAGGUAAAGAGAAGGGAAAGCUUGAUCAUGAAGCUAACAUUAAGGCGAAGUCCAGCUAUAGUAAGAGGAGUGGCGAUAGAGAAAGCAAAACUGAAAGGCAGAGCCACCAUAGGAGCAGAACUGGUGACUGGUUGGAAGCUGAUUCUGAGAAAGAAUUCGAAAAGAAACGACCCAAAGAUAUAGUGGAAAAAGAUAAAGGCAAGGAGAGAGACAGAAGGCCUAAAGGGGAGGCAAAAAGAAAGUACCAUGGUCAUAAUGAUGAAAAAAGUAGAUCAGAGAUUGAUGGCUCAAAUUCGAAGAAACAUGAUUCUGGAAAAUCACGAGAUGAGUAUUCAGAAAGAAAUGACCGGAAGAAAGAGCAUUCAAAAGCUUAUUUUGAAGAGCUGAGGUCAAAAAGGAGAAGGUCUAGGAGCCGGGAGUUUGAUCGAGAGCGAGAUAGGAGGUCUGUGUCACAUUCACCUAGGGCAAAUAAACGUUCAUUCCAUGGACGGGAUUAUGAAGAGUCGCCAUUCCCUUCACUUAAAGAUAAGUCAAGAGGGAAGUACUCUGAUGGUGAUAAGCAUAGAGCUUCUGGAAAUGGUGGAUAUGCUAGUGGCCAUCACCGCAAAUAUGGGAGUGGGCUUGGUGGCUACUCACCAAGGAAGAGAAGAACUGAGGCAGCAAUUAGGACUCCCUCUCCACCUAUUCGCUCCCCAGAAAAGAAAACUGCCACAUGGGAUCAGCCUCCUCCAGGAGCAAACCAUGCUGGUUUGGGAUCCACACUUGCCAAUUUCCAGUCAUCUAUCACACCUGCCACAGCAAAAUCCCGGCCUACUCCUUCAAAAGAGACCACAUCAGUAGUGAUGAGUGCUUCUGUCGACUCUGUUCAGCUAACACAGGCAACCCGUCCCAUAAGAAGACUUUAUAUAGAAAAUUUGCCACCAUUAGCCUCUGAGAAAACUGUGAUUGAUUGCCUUAAUGAUUUCUUACUCUCAUAUGGUGUUAAUCGUAUCCAAGGAGCUAAUCCAUGCAUUAGCUGUCUAAUAAACAAAGAGAAGUGCCAGGCUCUUGUUGAAUUUCUCACACCAGAGGAUGCUACUGCAGCUCUUUCUUUUGAUGGCAGAUCUCUGUUUGGAUCUGUUCUCAAAAUCAGGCGCCCUAGAGAUUUUGUUGAGGCAGCAACUGGAGCCCCAGAGAAACCAGUGGAAGAGGCUAAAGCAAUAUCUGAUGUUGUGAAGGAUUCACCCAAAAGGUGGUGUAAGGGGUUUCUUGAUGUUGGCUCCAUUACUGCCAGGAAUGAACAGCAGUGCCUGGAUGACCAUGCUCUCAACCAGCUGUUCCAUGGUGCUGCUGCUGCCAACUUUGUCAACUGGAUGUCCUUCCGAUGCCACGCCAUUCUGGACACUGGUGCUGGUUCAUUCUGUGGAGGCAGUGACAUGGCUUUUUUGCUGUUGCAGAUUUUCAUUGGUGGAAUUUCCAAGGCUCUGUCGUCUGACAUGCUUUUGGAGAUUGUUAGUGCCUUUGGGUCUUUGAGAGCAUACCACUACAGUUUUAAUGAGGAGCUGAAUGGACCAUGUGCCUUUCUAGAGUAUGCAGAUCCUUCAGUUACUCGGAAGGCAUGUGCUGGACUUAAUGGAAUGAAGCUUGGUGGGUGCAUUUUAACUGCAGUUCAAGCUCUUCCCAGUGCCCAUGUGGAGGAAAACACUGAAAGCGCUCCAUCAUAUGGUAUUCCCAUGCAUGCAAAGCCAUUACUUGCUGACUCCACAAAGGUCCUGCAGCUUAAAAAAUGUGGUAUGUUAUAUUUUCCCAUAAUCCAAGCUAAUAUAAAUAUUUCAUUUUUGUUCAACCGAGAGGAAUUUUUGCUGCUAUCAGAAUCUGAAUUGGGAACAUUGGAAGAUAUUCGGUUAGAGUGUGGAAGGUUUGGAGCUGUCAAAUCUGUGAAUAUAAUAAGGUUUACAAGCACUGUUGAACUGCUCCUAAAGCUUCUGAACCAGAAACCCUUGCUGGCUCAAUUUCCGAAAUCAUCACCAAAACUGGAGGUGGAUACCACGAUUGCCGAAGAUGCUGAUUUGAAUAGUUCUGCUGCCAAACAAGAGGCAAGCAGAGGAGAUGGCGAGCACAUGUUGAUGGAGAAUGUCGAUUCAAAAACUACUGUUAGAGAUGGAGCAAAUUUAAGCAAAGGAGAUUAUGACUGCAUGUCCAUUGAAAAUGCAACUCUGAGUACUGCUGUCGACAAAGCUGUUGACAAAACAGGUGCAAGCAAUGGCGAUGAUGAUAAUCAGGUUCAGGAUCUCGAUGUGUUCGAACCAGUUGUUCUUGUAGAAUUCAUGAGGAAAGAGGCAGCUUGCAUGGCAGCACACAGCCUACAUGGCCGGACCUACAGUGAGCGGAUCGUGACAGCUGGCUAUGUCCCACCUGAUCUCUACCUGUCACGGUUCCCAAGAUGAACGCUAGGAUGCUGGCCGUUUGAUGAAUCAUGAGGCGGUUUUUUUGUUUUCUUGGUCAGAUAUUCUGGUGAUUUGAUACCCAUAAUGAGACAUUCCUGUAGACGAGGGCUCUUGUGAUUUGAGCUGACAAGAUAGGUUCGUCAUUUGAUAGAGUGGAUAUACAGAUAUAAUCUGUUCAAACAUGAUGUCUAUUGAUUUUAGAGUAACCUAUUUUAAUUGUCAUAAGAUCAAACUGAUUAGGUUUCCGUAGAAUGAAGUUGUGGGGAGUAGCCUUUUGUAAUCUGACUAAAUUUUUUGCCCUGUACCAUACUGCUUAUUUAUAUCCUUAACCUUCAUAGAACUUAAUUGAGAUC